AUGUACACAAUAUUUAUAUUAUUUACAUUAACAGCGACAUGUUUCGCUGAUUUCAGUGAUAGGGCAAGAAAUUUUAGUAUAGAAUUAUUGCAUUAUUCGCAAUUAGAAGCUGAUGGACACGUAGUGAUAUCUCCGUUCGGGAUAUGGAGUUUGAUGACUGGCAUCACAUUAGGUGCUACGGGCGAGAGCAAAUCCCAAAUAGAAAGAGCGUUUUUCUUGCCAAAGAACGAAGAAACUCUUGUCAGAGGAUAUAAGAACUUGACGAAAUCGGUUCUGGAGCCUCAAACGUAUGGCGUCACUUUGGACAUCAAAAACUUCGUCUUCUUGGACAAAGGCUUCGAAAUAAACCGGAAUUUUCAGAACACGCUCAGCAAAGACUUCGGUGCGAUGAUACAAACUCUUAAUUUCAAAGAUCCUAACGCUGCAGCGAAUGUAGCCAAUAGGAUUAUAGGAAAAUACGGUGCGACUGUCUCCAAUGUGCUUCAAUCACAAGACUUCUUGAAGUCCAGGAUGAUUCUGACUAACGUUAUUUCAUUCAAAGGCCUCUGGUCAUCGCCUUUCAAUCAAACAGAUACGAAUCUUGAGCCAUUCUAUGAUGAGAACAAGAAAGAAAUCGGUAAAGUCAAUAUGAUGUAUCAAAGAUAUCAAUUUCCUUUUUCUAACAUGAAAUCCAUGGGUGCCAUGGUUUUGGAAUUGCCUUACGGGAAUGAUAAGCGUUACUGUAUGCUUGUGAUACUCCCAUACCCUAGAAAUACCGUGAGUUCAGUUUACAAUACCUUCCAAAGGGUAACUUUCAAGGAUAUAUUUGCUCAACUCAAGAGCGAUGAGGAAGAAUUCGGUUUAGUAGACAUCGAUGUUAAGUUGCCACGAUUCAAAAUAAGUACUAACGUAGUUCUCAACAAACCGUUGAACAGUAUGGGAGUGUAUGAUAUAUUUGAACCUGGUCGAGCUAGCUUCGAAAAGGUCACGACAGAGGAGAUAUACAUAUCAGCGAUAGUCCACAAAGCAGAUAUUGAAGUAACUGAAUCCGGUACUGUAGCGUCAGCAGCAACAUCUGCUUAUUUUGCUGACCGUAUAGCAACUCCUAAUUUCUCAGCCAACAAACCAUUCCUGUAUUUCGUGAUGGAAAAACCUACUGCUACAGUUAUUUUCAGCGGAAUAUACUCAAAGCCAAGUGUAUUUUGA